CUACAAAUUCCUAUGAUUUUUCAUUACUCAAAUUGCUUUAGUUUCUUCAAAAACAUGAUUUUUAAAAACCAUAUUCAAAGCCACAGAACAAAACUGUGUUGCGAAUACGCGCCGCUGUGUAUUCAAUACGCGCCUAGCAGCCGAACACACCCGAGAGCAGCCGAAGACCGAAAACACACCAAUACUUACAGACACUUUGACUGAAAAGAAAAUCAAAAUGGACUAAUAGAAAUUUAACAAAAAAUGAAAAAUAGAUUUUUUGGGCUGAAUUAACGCUCAAAAUAUGGUUUUAGACUUUUUGUUCAUUUUCAAUGAAAAUUGGCCUUUUUGAAAAAUUAAUGCUAUUUUCAGCCUACUACGAUUGGCGCGUUAUAAAGAGCGCAUGGGCCGUGAUAGAACAUACCCAUGAAAAGCAUACCUUAGCGAGUUCAGUAUGAUUUUUUAGCAUAAAAUCAUAAUUUAGAUUCUCCUCUAUCGAUGUGUCAGAAAAUAUUGUCUUAUUCGUUUUUCUCUGCUCGGUGACACCUUAUUAAAAGUGUUUUAAAAUUUAGAUCGAAAUGAAGAAAAACCAAAAUUGUGAAAUUAUUACGACACAGGGGCAUUUUAAGGGAAAAUUCAUACUUGCCAUGACCAAUCUCAGCAUUUAAAACAAAUUGGUAAUAUUUUGCAGGCUUAAAAUGUGUCAGAUUCUUCAAAACAAGAGUGGCGCGUAUUAGCCACAUGGGGCGUUAUAUGAACUUUUCCCCUACUUGGGAACUGACGUGCUACGGUUGUAACAAAGUUGGACACAUCAGAAGGGUGUGUCCGAACGCAGGCUCCGGAAUAAAGGGACAUCCAUUGCGUCCGUUGGAAACAAGAGAGGUUCCUCCUGAAGUUAAAACGAAUGACAACGGUUCGGAUGAUCGAAUUAUGAUCGGGAAGCAGAUUUGCAAUACGGCUGACGAUCCUUUCAUGCUAGCUGUCAUCAAUAAGGGUGUCAGCGAUGGAACUUUAUCAGCUACAGUAGCGGGAAUGCCCUGCUCUUUUCUAGUAGAUUCGGGCGCUCAGGUGAACACUUUCACGUUUGAUUUAUUCGAAAUUUUGAAAAACGAUACCAGAUACAAGAGUGGCAUCAUCAAUUUAGAAUUCGGAACGGAUGUACCAUUGAAAGGGUACGCUUCUAAACAAGAUAUUAGCGUUGUUGCUACAUUCGAAGCACUGUUAUAUGUGAGUCCGGAUCGGCCUGUACUGCUCGAAAAAUUUUACGUGGUGAAAGAAACCAAGGCACUUUUAGGAAGAACGACCGCGCUGAGAUAUUCAGUAUUGAUGUUAGGCACAAAAGUUCCAAUAAGCAUCGAGGUAGAUCACACCGGCCUCAACGAAUUUAAUAACAUUGGUCACAUUGCCAAGAAAAUUUUUCCGAAAUUCAACAUUCCACCGGUAAAACUAAGUUUUAGGAAUCCAGUAGCACCUUGCCGUAACAUCUUUACAAAUAUCCCCCAAGCUUUAAAACAAACAGUUCAAAGCAGGCUGAAUCAAUUAGUAGAAGCGGAAAUAAUAGAGCCAGUUACUAACAACAUGAACAUGACCUUUUGUUCUUCCAUGCUAGUGGUACCAAAAGGAAAACAAGACAUUAGACUCGUUAUAGAUUUACGGGGUCCAAACAAGUUUAUCGAUCGUACGCCAUUCGCUAUGCCGACAUUGGAAUCUAUCCUAGCGAAUUUGAAUGGAGCAACCUGGUUUUCGACCAUCGAUCUGACCAAUGCUUACUUCCACAUAGAGCUGGAUCAGGAUUCAAGGCACCUCACCAAUUUCUUCACGGAGUUUGGAAUAUACAGAUACGUGAGGUUGCCCUUCGGUUUGUGUAACGCACCGGACCUUUUCCAGGAAAUCCUUCAAAGGAAAAUUCUGGGCGGAUGUAGAGGAACUCAUAACUAUCUGGACGAUAUAAUUGUGUUCGGUAGCAGUAAAGUCGAGCACGAUGCAAAUUUGGAAGAAGUUCUUUCCCGCCUCACACAACACAAUGUGAACUUAAAUCUGGCAAAAUGCGCAUUCGGGAAGCAGUCCGUAAACUUCUUGGGCUUCACAAUAACGUCAGACGGAUGGAAGGUGUCAGAUGAAAAGCUUAAAGCAAUCGAAGGAUUUCGUCGACCUAGGACUUGUGGCGAAGUAAAAAGCUUUCUAGGCUUGGUCACGUUCAUGGAUAAAUUCAUCCAAAAUCGAGCGGACUUGACUAGAAGUUUGAGAGGUUUGGCGAACUCUAACUCUUUUUAUUGGAGUGAAGACGAGGAAAAAGAGUUUGUUUAUCUGCAAAACAGCGCGUUGAAAACGAUCAGAUUGCUAGGAUAUUAUAGCACAACAGAUCCUUUAGAGCUUUUUGUGGACGCCAGCCCGAUAGGCCUCGGUGCGGUACUUGUCCAGUUUGAUAAUAAAAAUAUACCACGUGUUAUCUCUUGCGCAUCGAAAUCAUUGACACCCGCAGAACAAAGGUAUCCGCAGACGCAGAAGGAGGCAUUGGCAGUAGUCUGGGGAGUCGAGCGCUUCAGCUUCUAUUUACUCGGCAGAUCUUUUAUCGUACGAACCGAUGCUGAGGCAAAUGAGUUCAUUUACAACAGCAACUUUAGACUGGGUAGAAGAGCAUUGACUAGGGCGGAAACUUGGGCGCUGAGGCUUCAGCCUUAUGAUAUGAGAAUCGAAAGGGUUAAGGGGGAGAAAAAUGUUGCAGAUGCCCUCUCACGUCUCAUUGAGAAUACUAAGGAGGCCAUCCCAUUUGACGAGGACAACGACAAUCACUUUCUUUUCUCUGUGGACGCGGGGAUAAUGAGCAUAACUUGGGAAGAAAUUGAACGAGCUUCUGAGUCUGAUGCCGAGCUGCAAUCACUGCAAAAGGCUCUAGAUUCCAAUAAAUGGCCUAAGGAGCUUCGUAAGUUCGAGGCUCAGCGUAACAACAUCUACAGAAUUGGAGCUCUGCUGUUCAAAGGCGAUCGAUCUAUUCUUCCCGCCGAACUACGAAUUAAAGUUUUGAAAUAUGCACAUGGUGGACAUGUUGGAGAAUCAGCUAUGAAAAGGAUCAUGCGAGAGUUCUUCUGGUGGCCGGGGAUGUCCGUAGAUACCAUCGAGUUUGUGAAAUCCUGCGAAACUUGUGCUAUUCUGGCCAAAAAGAACCCACCACUACCUUUGUCUUCCCGAGUUCUUCCUGAUGGUCCCUGGGAAGUGGUUCAGAUUGACUUCCUCUCAAUCCCAGGUUGUGGAACGGGAGAGUUUCUGAUUGUGGUUGACACUUAUUCUCGGUAUUUAUCAGUAGUAGAAAUGAGGCAGAAAGACGCUGAAAAAACUAACGCGGCGUUAUGUGAGAUCUUUAAACUCUGGGGAUGUCCAUUAAUACUACAGAGUGACAACGGCCCACCCUUUCAAAGUGACUGGUUUAUAAAUUUUUGGGAGAGCAGAGGCGUUAAAGUUAGAAAAGCGAUCCCGCUUUGUCCACAAACAAACGGUAGCGUCGAAAGGCAGAACCAAGGACUGAUUAAGGCAGUAGCGGCGGCAAGAAUAGACGGCGUUAAUUGGAGGAAGGCGUUGCAAGAAUACGUCCACAAACGUAAUACACUGGUUCCACAUUCACGGCUCGGGGUGACGCCCUUUGAGUUAAUGGUGGGAUGGAAGUACCGGGGAUCGUUUCCAUGCCUCUGGAACCAAAACGACAAGAAAAGCUUGGACCGUGAGGAUAUUGAGGAAAAGGAUGCGGAAGCUAAAUUGGUUAGCAAAAAAUACGCAGAUACUGUAAGAGGAGCAAGAGAAACAGACUUAGCAGUAGGUGACAAUGUUCUUUUAGCACAAACGAAGAAAUCGAAAACAGAUCCUACUUUCUCGUCAGAAAAGUUUAAGAUAGUAGCAAGGCAAGGUUCUAAGUUCGUAGUUGCUAGCCAGUCGGGUGUUCAAUACUCUCGGGCCAUCAAAGACAUUCGUAAAGCUCCCCUACAGGCAGUGCCUUCGGAAGAAACACUUAGCGGCGAGAAAGAUUUAGAUUCUCCAGAAACUUCGACGAAUAGUGUGAGUCCAGAUUCAGCAUCAACCCAUCUAACAUCAAUGGAUUUGUUAUUUGGAUGUAAAGCGAGGUCCAGCGAGUUAGCUGUCAGCCCAGAGGAAGAUGCUCCUUGCAGCUCACAGCUAUCACAACAUCCGGAACCGGGUUUCUCUUCAUCCAGACUUCGACCCCGCGACAUGGUAAGAAGACCAGCCAGAUUCGAUGAAAAUUACGUAUUUUCGAUCUUCAACUAGAGUACAGGAGAAGGCGAAUGUGGUAGGUAGUGCUUGGAAACAGAAAAGAACUAAUGUGUUAAAUUAAUUUCUUUUGUGUAUUGCAGAAAGUCGCGGCUGAACUGUUACAAUAUAUAAAACAAAAAUAUGAAAACACUGUUCAAUCGCUUCAAUGGGUUUAUUACAUUCAAAUUCGUUACUGAUUUAUGGAAUUUCGAUAUUAUUGAAUUGAGAAAAAUGAAUGUAAAAUACUUCCAGGAACAUAGCAAGAAAAUUACAAACGAGUUGUUGCAGUGUAUGAGAGAACAUCUUCGUUAAUGACAAUGCUUUGAAUAGUAUCUAGAGAAUGAAAAUGUAUGCGUCACAUCACAAGAGAGAAGAGAGUCGUGUCGUAUGAAUGGAAUGAGCGAGUGUUCUGUUAGAGGGUUUAGGAGUUCCGAGUCAAUGUGGUACAUUCAAAGGUGGGGAUGAUCUCAAAUGUUCCCGAGAAGGAACUAAAUCUUGCAAGGAAAUCUGUAUAAAAUAUCAAAUUGUGUGUGUAAAUUCUUUUGAUCUUCACCUAUCCAGAUAUGGUACCCCAAGGGUUGUUCAAAUUACUCCCUAUUAUUUGCAACAAGUGUUUGUGAGAGCGAAUUGAAAGACCGUUGAGUUCGAGAUUCGGGUGUUGAGCGUUUACAAGUCAUUCUGUAUUCCAAUUUUGAAGGCAGUGGUUCAGUGGUUUUGUUGGCGGUCGGCGAAAUGGAAAGCCGAAAGAAAGGUUUAAGACGAGGUUACCACAAUACCAACUUCGGCUUCCAGGAUUCGCUCUUCGAAUAGAGUAUGAAUACAUUUAACUAUGCACUCUGGAACUUGCAACCCACGAAGUUCCUGGAUGAGGAUAUCUACUUCCACGUUGUCGUAGGCGCUUUGUAUGUCAACGCUGCAUAAAACCACAUGCUCACGGCUAUUAAGUGCAUCAGUUGCAGACUCGAUUAGCGGACAAAGGGCAUCCAUGGUUCCUUUACCCUUUCUAAAUCCACAUAUUUCAUCGGGGAAUAUAUGACUACUCUCGAUAAACCAUUCAAGUCUCUCCUUUAUCAUCAGCUCGAAGACUUUACGAAAGCAUGAAGCCAAGGCUAUGGGACGAACGCCAGUCACAAAAUUAAUGUCUUGAUCAGGUUUUGGAAUGGGAAUCACCUUGAAUAUUUUCCAUGCUCGUGGAAUAUUUCCGUUGUUGGCCACCGUAUUAUAAAUGGUUACUAGAUGCCUUAAGGCACUUAAGGGCAAGCGAUUAAUUACCGAAUAAGUAAUCCCGUCAAUUCCAGGCGCCGAAUCUUUUCCAGAUUUUUGAACUGAUAGAAGGUCUUUUAAAGAAAACAACAUAUUUGGAGAGUGAUCGCUACAUUGACAAUUGUGGAAUUCUGGAAUUUGCUUCUUCACAGAAUGAGGGGCUAGUUUUUCGAGUAGGUCAUUCAUUACGCUUUCUGGAACAGUUUUUCCGCUAAUCGUUGAUCGAUUCUUAAACCUUUUAGCUAAACGCCAUAAUGUAUUCAGGGACGUAGAACUAUCGAAGGAAUCACAAAAGUUAUGCCAACUUUUAGUUUUCUUUUGUCUUACCAUGUUGCGAAAUUUUCGUUCCUGUUCUUUAUACUGACAAUAACUUUCUGAAGAUAAUGUUGUUUUCCAUACUCGAAACGCUGCACGUGUUGCUGACUUUGCUGCACUUAAUUCACUGUCCCAGUAGGGUUGUGAUAUUUUAGACUGGCACGAAUUUCUUGUGCGACUAGGCGUGGCGAAAACGAGAGCAUUCCAAAUAUGCUCAAACAAUUCUUCAAAACCAAUCGCUUGAACAUCCCAAAGAAGAUCAUCAACUUUGUUACUGAAGGCUUCCCAAUCAAUUCGUGAUAAGUUGAUACCUGUCCGAUGAUGCAGCACAUUGACAACAUUAGUCCCGAAAUGAAUCGGAAAAUGGUCACUUCCAUUUGGCGACUCGUCGAUGUUCCAUUCAAAAUACAGACUUAAACCUGACGAAACCAGUGUGACAUCUAUAGCGCUCCACAACCGGUUUACGUCAAAUCUAGUCGGGCGGCCGGUGUUUAAGACGACAAGAUCACUUGAUUCCAAAGCGUCAGCUAGAUGUAUCCCACGUGUGUUGUCAGAUGCGUUUCCCCACAGCUCAUGUUUCGCGUUAAAAUCGCCUCCAAUAAUACAUGGUUUCGGAAUAGCGGCAAAGAACUCCUCAAACUUUGAUCUGGUUACCGUUGCUUGGUGAUGAAUAUAAAUGGACACUACAGUUACUGUUCCUAGACUACACGUCAGUUGACAAGCCGUAUGCUGAAUGUCAAAACGACCAGGAAUGUGGAAGGCGGUAGGCUGAAGCUCUGAUCUAACAGCAAGUGCAAAUUAUUGAGGAGCAACCUGUCGGGAAAUUCCUAAUAAUUUCGGACAGCAUGAGCAGCUUGAAAAGUCUUGCGUGCACUAGACCCUCUGCCAAAAACCCGUUGGCAUGGUAUGAAAUUAAAAAAACGACAAUAGCAAUCGCAUGCAAAGGAUCAGAAGUUGUCUUCAUGUGGGUGCCAUCGCACAGAGGAAUCCCUCUUAAUGAAUCAGCUGACCAGGAAGCCAAAAAAGCUUGCACCGAAGGGACUGCGGACGACUAUACCUUAACUUCGAACGAUAGUUCAUUUCCGUGCCAAUCACGUUCGAGACAACUGUGGCAAUGCCGAUGGGACUCUGGAACCAAAGGCCGCUUUUGUCAUAGUAUUCUAAAAGAAGUGUCUUUGCAACCAUGGUUCCAAAACACAGAAUUAACAAGGAGACAAAUAGUCAUAUUAUCGAAACUCAUCAGCAAUCACUCACGAUUGCCAGCACACCUACAUCGUAACCGUAUCAUCGCAAACGCGAGCUGCGAUUGUGGCGCAAAUAAUGCAAAUCCGGACCAUUAUCUAUUCAGCUGCCCAAAUUAUGGAGAUAGAAGAUGGCCUGUUUGGAAAAUUCUACUAGAAAAACGAAUAGCUCCUGACCUUCAAUUAAUACUCAAAACCAAAGAUUUCAAAUUGUAUAAAAGUAUAGCGGAUUUUUUCAUAGAUUGUAACAUAGAUAUGUAAAAACAUUAUCUUUCAAGUAAUUAACACUUGGCCGGCUAUGUAUUAGAGGUUAA